UUGUAUCCAUUUAAAAUAUAUAAUUUUUAUUUUAUAUUUUUGAGUUUAUAUAUAUUUUACUUAUAUUUUAAAAAUAUGAAAAAUAUGAAUGAUGAGAAUGGUAGUACUAUAGAGGGAGAUCCUAAUAAUGAAAAGGUAAAGAAUAAAAAUAAUAAUAAUAAUGAUGAUAUUAAUGAAAACAUUAUAGAUGAUGAAAAAAAAAAAAAAGAACAACAAGAUGAUGAAGAAGAUGAAGAAGAUGAUGAAGAUGAUGAUGAAGAAGAUGAUGCUGAUAAUGAUUUGUGUGAUCAAAAUGUUUUAAUAAUAGGUGAUGAAAAUUUUUCUUUUUCAAAUUAUAUAAUCGAGGCAUAUGCAUCAUCUAAUAUAUACAUAGCAAGCACGCUAACGGAAUUUCAGGUGAACUUAUUGUUGAAAGAUCUAGAAAAAAAAAAAAUAAACAAGUCCUUACAUGAAAAAAGAGAAAUAGAUGAUGUGCCAACAAAAUAUGGUCCCUUUGAUUUUACAAGGAAAUUUAAAGAAAGGCAUGCAAGCAAAAAUGUUCAUAUUAUAUUUAAUGUAAACUUAUUUAACUUAAAGUCUUAUUUCCCAAAGAACUUUUUUAAGGCCGUUUUUUUGAUACUUCCUGGCCUGAGUUUUAAUAUUAACGAUAUUCAACUGAAAUAUAAUGACAAAGUAACCACCUUAAGAAUAUAUUAUUUUUUAAUUCUUGUAACUUUGGAAAUUACCUACAUAAGUAUGAAAAAUUCAAAUGUUCAUUUAUUCUGGACGAGCGAAAAAUUAAAAAACUUUGUAGAAAAUGAAGACGAGGAAGAAAAUAAUAAAAAUGAACCAGACGAUACGAAUGAUUUAACACAAAACGAUAUGUCAUUAAACGACAAUGAAAUUUAUUCAAAUGGUAAUGAUGGAUUUAAAAAGGAAAGUAUACAUGAUACGAUUAAUUCGCUCAAGAAUUUAAUGUUGAAUAAUAUGGAUACUAAUACAGAUCAUAAUAUGGAUAGUAAUGCAGACCAUAACAUGGAUAGUAAUGCAGACCAUAACAUGGAUAGUAAUGCAGAUCAUAACAUGGAUAAUAAUGCAGACCAUAACAUGGAUAGUAAUACAGAUCAUAACAUGGAUAGUAAUGCAGAUCAUAACAUGGAUAAUGUAGAUGGCACCAUAAAUUAUGAAGAAGAUAAUAAUUUAAACGGACAAGAUGAAUACUAUGAUGAAAACGAAGAAGGAGAUUAUACACAUGAAAAAGAUGUAAAUGUAAAUUUAAUAAAUUCUUCUGAUAUAAAUUUAGAAGAUAAUAAAAAAGAUGAUGAUAAAAAAGAUGAUGAUGCUAUUAAUAAUAAUAUUAUUAUUUCUAAUGAUGAUGCUAUUAAUAAUAAUAUUAUUAUUUCUAAUGAUGAUGCCAUUAAUAAUAAUAAUAUUAUUUCUAAUGAUGAUGCGAUUAAUAACAAUUCCAUUUAUGAUGAUGAUGCCAUUAAUAAUAAUAAUAUUAUUUAUGAUGAUGAUGCCAUUAAUAACAAUUCCAUUUAUGAUGAUGAGAGUAAUGCUGAUUAUAGUGAUGAUAACGCUGAAGAAGAAACAGAAAAGUACUCACAAGAUGAAGAUAAUAAUAUAAGAGAUAUAUUUGAAGAUGAUCGCAAUAAAGAUAAUGAGAUAAAUGAAUUAUUGGACGAUGUGAAUACAUCUACUUUUGAAGAUAUAGAAAUAAUAAAAUAUAUAUAUACUAAUGAUGAUUUAAAAAAGAAAAAAAGUGGAUUAAUAAAUAUAAUACGUUUUCCAUUGUUAUAUGAAAUAAAUUUAAAAAAAUUAAUGAAAAUUUUUUGUUUUUAUGAACAUAUAAAAAAAGAAGAAAAAAUAAAUACAAUAUUCCAUAUAGAAGAUAUUAUAAAUAGUUACUAUCCAUUAGUUUAUGGGCAUCAUUUUAUGUAUAAUGAAUUUUUAAAAAAUUGUAAAUUUUAUUCUUUUGUUUUAAAAAAGAAAAACAAAAUUACUAUACCAGAAGGAUUAGUUGUCUUGAUACCCCAUAUGGAAUAUAAUUAUAAAAUAGAUUCAUAUAAUUUUUUAAAAAAAUUAUAUUAUUCUGUUUUUAACGAACCACGAAUAUGUUAUAAAUCCAUAAAUGAACAGAUAAAACAUAUAAAUCAAAUGAGAUAUAAGUUAUAUAUCCAUAAUAUAAAAACAUCGAAACAUUUUAAAAACGAAAAAAUUUCAAGUAUCCAUAAUAAUAUGAAUAAUAAUAAUAAUAAUAAUAUGAUACCAUCUUAUUAUAUUUAUCAAAAUCAUAUAAAUAAUAUGAUAAAAAAUAAAAGAGCAUGUUGUAUUAAUGAUGAUUUAUGGAAAACCGUAUUGAAUCCAUUUGAUUUUUUUCAUUUGAAUAAUGAUGUAAAUGUAUUUUUUGAAUAUAAUAUUUUAACAAACAUUUAUAAUAAAUAUAUUACAACGGUCAACACAGAUUUUAAUAAAUUAUGUGUAAAUUUUUAUAUUAAAAAAGAUUAUAAACAAUAUGAAGAAGAUAAUAAUACAAAUGAAAAUAACUCAAAAAGAAUCAUGAAAAGAAAAUUUAAUAAAAAUGGUCUUUAUAAUACUUUAGGUGAUAAUAAAAAUAAACCUCCUUUAUUACCAACACCAAAAAAUGAAUCAUAUAAACAUGUGAAUACCAUCAAUAAUAAUCAUCGUCACAAUAUUAAUAACAUGAAUACUCAGAGAAAUGUUAAUCGUCAUAAAAAUAACACAAAUAAUAACACCCUCUUAUAUAAACAUGCCACAAAUAAUAUACAAAAUAAUUUUAAUAAAUCAUAUAGAAAUGAUAACAACAUUAGAAAUAGCAUGCACAAUAAUAAUUAUGAUAACACCAAAAGAGAAGAAAUAAAACAAAAAUAUGGAAAAAACGAAAACCAAAGGGAAGGCACAAGUAGAAAAAAUAAUGCAUCAUCUGUUUAUCGAAAUUAUAAUGUUUCAAAUGUGAACGGGCAUACAAAUUUUAAUAAUAAUGUAUCUGCAUCGCACGCAAACUUUUCUUAUAAGCCCAUGAGGAAUAAUAAUAGUAACAUGAGGGGUGAUAAUAAUAACAUGAGGGGUGAUAAUAAUAACAUGAGGGGUGAUAAUAAUAGUAUGAGGGGUGGUUACAGUAUGAGAAAUGAUAAUAAUAGUAUGAGGGGUGGUCAUGGUAUGAGAAAUGAUCAUAGAAAUGAUCAAAGAAAUGAUCAAAGAAAUGAUCAUAGAAAUGAUCAUAGAAAUGAUCAAAGAAAUGAUCAUAGAAAUAGCAUGAGGAAUGAUCAUAGAAAUAGUAUGAGGAAUGAUCAUAGAAAUAGUAUGAGGAACGACCAUAGAAAUAGUAUGAUGAACGAUCAAAGAAAUGUUAAACGAAGAAGAGAAGAAUCACAUGAAAUGAAUAGAAGAGGAGAUAUAUAUUCAAAUAAAAGAUUUGACAAAAGAGGAAGAAUAGAUUAUGAUAUGAAAUUAAAAAUGGAUGAGAAAAAAAAUGAGAAAAAUAUUAAGAAUCAUUCAGAAAUGCAGGAUCCAUAUGCAUCAACAAAAGAUACAUCUAGAAAUUUUGAUAUGAAUAAUUUUACAAUUAGUUCUGAAAGGAAAUCAUGGAAAUUACCUCCUCCACCUCCUAACAUUCCUCCAUCCUAUGAUAGGUCAUCUCAACGAAGAACGAGCAAUUUUUACAAUAAUGACGAUUCUUCAAUGUAA